AUAAGCGGCAUAAAAUAGUAAUUAACAGUCUUGAAACCCUCGAUGUAGAAAAAACAUAAAUUUUUAGUGACAGUCCACAGUUUCAACCAAAAUGGUUAAAUUACUACUAAAAUUUUUAGUUUUUUUAUCGAUAAACUUAUUAGUGGAGUGCGAGAAAAGUGAAUUAUUAGCUGUUACAGUGUUAUUCCGCCAUGGAUGCAGAUCACCACGAAAAACUUUUAAAAGUGAUCCAUAUAAUGACAAGUUUUUUGACAUUUGGCCUGAAGGGUUGGGACACUUGACAAAUCUAGGCAAAAGGCAACAAUUCGCGCUUGGGCAGUGGUACCGUAAGUAUUAUAAAGACUUUAUACCGGAAAAGUACGACCCGAACUUUCUUCGUGUUGUCUCCUCAGAUAAAGACAGAUGUAUAAUGUCUGCAGCUGCAAAUCUGGCGGCACUGUUUCCUCCAAAAGAGGAGCAAAUUUGGAACUCGAAUCUUCUUUGGCAGCCAAUACCUAUUCAUACAACACCAGAAAUCAAAGAUUAUACCGUAGUUGGCCAAGCUUAUUGUCCAAAAUAUAAAAAGCUUUAUUCGGAUCUGCUUUCAUCAAAAGAUUUUACCGAUUUUAUGGAGGAGCGAAAAGAUCUAUUUAACUACUUAACAGAGCACGCAGGAGAAAAUGUUACGACGUUGGGAGAUGUCACGUUCCUUCACGAUACUCUUUUCAUAGAAAACUAUAUAAACUUGACUAUACCUGAAUGGACAAAGAAAGUCUUUCCGCACAAGACCUUACCCUUAUUAACUAAAGUGUAUGUUUUGGACACGUCCACUACAGAGUUAGCAAGAUUGAAAUCGGGUCCACUUGUUGACUACAUAACUACUUUCUUUGAAGAUGUACUUCAGAAUCCUAAAGAUUCACAAAAAUUUUUGAUGCUCUCUGUACACGAUAGUACUAUUAGUCAUCUUCUUAACACAUUGAAAGUAUAUGACAACACUUGGCCAGAAUAUGCGUCUACAGUUAUGUUCGAACUCAGGCGUGGAGAAGGAGAACCUUUUCUUAACAUCAAUUUUAAAAACAGUACAAUGAUGAGAAACAUAGUGUUGAAUGGAUGUUCUAAAGACUGUAAUUUUGCAGAGUACCAGAAAAUCAUACAACCCAUCAGGAUAACUAGCGAAGAAGCCGAAAAAGAAUGUAAAAGUGUUCAGUAAAUGAAUAAUAAUGUAAUAAUAUAGUCUAAUGAAACAACC